CUCCCAAAUGUUUUUUUAGGGUUUUUAUCUCCGCAAGAUCUAUAUAACACACGACCACUACCUGCGUUUGUCUGUGUGCAUUGAUCGAGUAUAACUUCCCCUUCACUUUCCCUUAAUCGGAUAUUUUGCUUUCGAGCGAGAGAAAUGUCGCUGAGACCAAACGCGAGGACUGAGGUGCGCCGGAACAGGUACAAAGUUGCGGUGGAUGCGGAGGAGGGACGGCGGAGGAGAGAGGACAACAUGGUGGAGAUCCGUAAGAGCAAGCGCGAGGAGAGUCUGAUGAAGAAGAGGCGUGAGGGUAUGCAAGCUCUUCCGGAUUUCCCUCCAUCUUCAACCUCUUCUCAUGCUCCCGCUUUCGAUAAGAAGCUGGAGAGUUUGCCGGAUAUGGUCGCUGGGGUUUGGUCCGAUGAUCCUUCUUUGCAGCUCGAGUCAACUACUCAGUUCAGGAAGCUUCUAUCUAUCGAGAGAAGUCCUCCUAUCGACGAAGUGAUAGGUUCUGGUGUCGUGCCUCGGUUUGUGGAGUUUCUCAAGAAGGAGGAUUAUCCUCAGCUGCAGUUUGAGGCAGCUUGGGCUCUAACAAACAUUGCAUCUGGGACAUCUGAUCACACAAAGGUUGUAAUCGAUCACAAUGCUGUUUCAAUCUUUGUCCAGCUUCUUGUUUCUCCUAGCGACGAUGUCCGUGAACAGGCUGUAUGGGCGUUGGGUAAUGUUGCUGGUGAUUCACCACAGUGCCGUGAUCUUGUUCUUAGUUGCGGGGCACUUACACCGCUGCUCAGUCAGCUAAAUGAGCAUGCCAAGCUGUCCAUGCUUAGAAAUGCCACAUGGACCUUGUCAAAUUUCUGUCGUGGCAAGCCUCAGCCUCACUUUGACCUGGUGAAACCCGCUCUUCCGGCCCUUGAACGACUAAUUCACUCGAAUGAUGAAGAAGUCUUGACAGAUGCCUGUUGGGCUCUCUCAUACCUCUCUGAUGGAACCAAUGACAAAAUCCAAGCUGUCAUUCAGGCCGGUGUUGUCCCAAGACUUGCUGAACUUCUCCUCCAUCCUUCUCCAUCUGUGUUAAUUCCUGCACUUCGCUCUGUUGGAAAUAUCGUUACUGGAGACGACGAUCAAACCCAGUGGGUGAUCAGCAGUGGUGCUCUACCUUGUCUUGCCAACCUUCUCACGCAAAACUACAAGAAAAGCAUAAAGAAGGAAGCUUGCUGGACGAUUUCAAAUAUCACAGCAGGCAACAAAGAACAGAUCCAGAAAGUAGUUGAGGCUAAUUUGAUUCCCCCCUUGGUUAAUCUGCUUCAAAAUGCUGAAUUUGACAUUAAGAAAGAAGCUGCAUGGGCAAUUUCAAAUGCAACCUCAGGUGGUUCUCAUGAUCAAAUCAUAUACCUGGUGGAGCAAGGAUGCAUAAAACCAUUAUGCGAUCUCCUGAUAUGCCCCGAUCCAAGAAUCAUAACAGUCUGUCUUGAAGGAUUAGAAAAUAUUUUGAAGGUGGGAGAGUCGGAGAAGACGUUGGGUAAUACAGGGGAAACGAACUAUUACGCUCAGCUGAUUGAUGACGCAGAAGGGCUAGAAAAGAUCGAGAACCUUCAGAGCCAUGACAACAAUGAGAUAUAUGAGAAGGCUGUUAAAAUUUUGGAAACAUACUGGCUUGAAGAGGAAGAUGAAGAGACACAACAAGCUCCAGGUGGUGAUGGUUCUCAGGCAGGGUUUCAGUUUGGAGGGAACCAAGCUUCGGUCCCAUCAGGUGGAUUCAACUUCAGCUGAAGGAAUGAAAUUGAAAGUGCACAGAGCCGAGCCUGGGCAGAAGCUCAUGAAGCAUGUGAAUGUGUCUAAACUUUAAAAUUUGUUAGCGGCCAAUUUGUGAAUGGGUCUAAAGUUCUCGUUUUUUUUCACAUCUGGGUCAAAAAAUUCGAGUCUAUGAGUUUAUGUUUUGUGUUUUUUUUUUAUCAUAUUACUUUAAUUAAACAGGAAGGGCAAAUGUUCUUUUUUCGAAACUUUUUUUUCCUUAGUUUUUUUAGUCUUUGAGACUUUGUUAUUUAUUUUUUAACACUUUUUGAAUACAUUUUUAACUUAAAAUAAGCCCGAGUUAGUAGUAAUUGUAA